GUAAGUACGGCUUUUGAUGAUAAUUGUUAGUGACCUUUACGCGCCGCAGACAAUCCUUCGCAAAUGACUCAAAUCGUUCCUCUAGCUGCAGCUGCAGGCAUCAUAGGUCUGGGGGCUCUACUGCAUCUGGUUGGCAUGGCAACGCCGCAUUGGGUGGACGUUGGCUUGGCCAGCUCUGGACUUUGGUCGGCCUGUGCCAUGGACAACUGCGGUGCAUUGGUAGAUAAACAAGGCUGGCUUAUAGGAUGUGAGGUCCUCUCUGUGAUUGGUGUGUCUAGCAGCGCUGCUGCCCUCAUGUUUAUCGCUAUCAUUUUCUUCAACGAGUUCAAAGGUCGUUCACAAAACUCAAAGUUCUCCAUUUUCCUGCUAGCAGACAGCUUAAUGGCAGGUACCUGUAUCAUCAUCUGUAUCGCUGUAUAUGCAAGUAAAGUGCACGACACCUCACUGCUAGGUUAUUCCUUCUACCUCGCCAUUGUGGGCGGAGUUUUGAUCAAAAUAGGGGGAAUAAUUGGAUUUAUCAUCAGCAGACGAUUGAGUUACGGCGCAAUGUAACUUAUACUGCCUCAAACAUCCUGCCAUCUUUUUAA